GGAAGGCGGGGUCCGGCGCGAGUCGUGGUGGGCUGGGCGCCGCGGAGGUGUGGGCCGUAGAGGCCUGGCGAGGCCAUAAUGACUUCAACUAAUAAAGCAAUUGAAUUACAACUACAAGUGAAACAAAAUGCAGAAGAAUUACAAGACUUUAUGAGGGAUUUAGAAAACUGGGAAGAAGAUAUUAAACAAAAGGAUAUGGAACUAAGAAGACAGAAUGGUGUCCCUGAAGAGAAUUUACCUCCUAUUCGAAAUAGGAAUUUUAGGAAAAAGAAGAAAGGUAAAGCUAAAGAGUCAUCUAAAAAAACCAAAGAUGAAAACACAAAAAACAGGAUAAAGUCUUACGAUUAUGAGGCAUGGGCAAAACUUGAUGUGGAAAGUAUUCUUGAUGAACUUGACAAAGAAGAGAAUACCCAUGAUUCUCUGUCUCAAGAAUCAGAGUCAGAAGAAGAUGGAAUUCAUGUAGAUUCACAAAAGGCCCUUGCUCUAAAAGAAAAGGGCAAUAAGUACUUCAAACAAGGAAAAUAUGAUGAAGCGGUUGAGUGCUACACCAAAGGCAUGAAUGCUGAUCCAUAUAAUCCUGUGUUGCCAACAAACAGAGCAUCAGCAUACUUUAGAAUGAAAAAGUUUGCUGUUGCUGAGUCUGAUUGUAGUUUAGCAAUUGCCUUGAAUAGAAGUUAUACAAAGGCUUAUGCAAGACGAGGUGCUGCUCGAUUUGCUUUGCAAAAAUUAGAGGAUGCCAAAAAAGAUUAUGAAAAAGUGUUAGAACUGGAACCAAAUAACUUUGAAGCAACAAAUGAACUCAGGAAAAUUAAUCAGGCUUUAACAUCCAAAGAAAACUCACACCCAAAGGAAGCUGACACAAUGAUUAAGUCAACUGAAGGAGAGAAAAAACAAGUUGAAGAGCAACAGAAUAAGCAGCAGGCCAUUUCAGAGAAAGAUCUGGGGAAUGGAUUUUUCAAAGAGGGAAAAUAUGAAAGAGCAAUUGAAUGCUAUACUCGAGGGAUAGCAGCAGAUGGCACUAACGCCCUUCUUCCAGCUAACAGAGCAAUGGCCUAUCUGAAGAUUCAGAAAUAUGAAGAGGCUGAAAAAGAUUGCUCACAAGCUAUUUUAUUAGAUGGCUCGUAUUCUAAAGCUUUUGCCAGAAGAGGAACUGCAAGAACAUUUUUGGGAAAAUUAAACGAGGCCAAACAAGAUUUUGAAACUGUCUUACUUCUGGAACCUGGAAAUAAACAAGCAGUAACUGAACUUUCCAAAAUUAAAAAGGAAUUAAUUGAGAAAGGACAGUGGGAUGAUGUCUUUCUUGAUUCUACUCAAAGGCAGAAUGUGAUAAAACCUGUUGAUAAUCCACCUCGUCUUGGAUCAACUAAACCACUCAAGAAGGUUAUUAUUGAAGAAACUGGUCAUUUGAUACAGACUGUUGAUGUGCCAGAUAGCACUACUGCUGCUCCAGAGAGUAAUCCUAUUAAUCUGGCAAAUGUAAUAGCAACCACAGGCACUGCAAGUAAGAAAAAUUCAAGCCAAGAUGACCUUUUGCCCACAAGUGAUAUCCCAAAAGCAAAAGUACUGAAAACAGAAGAAAUCAGUGAUACUUCAGCCCAGCAACCUCAAGUUAAUUUGAAACAGGAUGUAUGUCAGUCAUUCAGUGAGAAGAUUUCUAUAGAGGUAGACAAAAUACCGGCUCAGUUUAUCACAGCUGUUCUUCCUCCAGUUCCUACAAACUCCUUUCAGCUUGAAUCUGAUUUUAGACAACUGAAAAGUUCUCCAGAAAUGUUGUAUCAGUAUUUGAAGAAAAUUGAACCAUCCUUAUAUCCUAAGUUGUUUCAGAAAAACCUAGAUCCAGAUGUGUUCAACCAAAUCACGAAAAUUCUGCAUGACUUUUACAUUGAGAAAGAAAAGCCACCACUCAUCUUGGAAGUUUUACAACGGCUUUCUGAACUAAAAAGGUUUGAUAUGGCAGUGAUGUUUAUGUCAGAAUCUGAGAAGAAAAUUGUACAUGUAUUAUUCAAUCACAUAGAGAAAUCAGGAUUGGAUGGUAAUUCUGUUGAAGAACUCAAGAAAAGAUAUGGUGGUUGAUUUCCAUUUUUACCAAAAUUGUCGUUUCUGACCUUCACAUGUAAAUUUUUUUCUAUGGAAAUAAAGUGUUUUGUUUUCUUUUUAUGAAAAUGAAAUCAUACAGGAGAGUAUGAUUUGGAUAUCUUUGGAUAUAAGUUAAUUAACUAUUAAGUGAAUUGAGAUUUAACUAGUGAGAAAUAUAUUCAAAUAAACUAUUUAUAAGUCUUUUUCUGAAAAUAAAAAUAUAAAUGAGGUAUACUUGUAAAGAUCAGUAUUUUGUAAGUCAUUUACAAUGUUGGAUAUUGAUACAUUUUUCAGUAUCUGUAGAUACAUUUUAUAUUUUCAUGAGUUUUGCAACCACAACGAAAAGGUUGCUUCAUUAGCAUAUGAGUAAAGUUGUAUUUGUAUAAAGGGAAUUAAGUAGGUAAUUAGAUUGGUUCUUUAUAGGACUUUAAUAUCAUUGUGCCAGUUCAUUAACAGAAUUAUUUAGUUGUGGGAUAUGUGUUUUUAGCAUUUAUGUUAAAAGGACACUUUUAACUAGACUUUUUAUAUUGGUUCAUUGAAGAGUCAUAGCAUCCUUAGAUUUAAUGCUUCAGCUUUUUUCCUCAUGACAUCCACAUCAUGUGUUAACUAAAGGCACAUAAUCUAAAGCAAAGCAGCAAAGCAAGGUGUAAAAAUAUUAAAAACCAAGAAUGGUUAAAUAGUAGUUAGCAUAUAGUGUGCAUGUGUUGUGUGUGAGUGUGGUGUCGAUAAGCCUUUGAAAGCAGGACUAGUAUUCUGCUCAUCCUUGUACAGCACCUAGCAUAGUCCUUUCACCUGGUUAGGUGCUCAAUUGAUAUUUACAGGACUGAAUUUAACUUGACAGCAAGAAUCAAUUUUAGUGAAUAUUUGAAGUGCAGCCUAGCACAUUUUGGACAUACUCUAAUGUUGUUAAAAAUCAACUUAAUUUUAGAGGUUGUCAAGUUGUAAAAAAGAAAAUAUACUAGGUUACCAUCCUGUAGCUGCUAUCAGCACCAACAGUACAGUCAAAUUUAAAAGUUUAUACUGUUGAUGAUUUUUGUUGCAUCAUUAUUAUGCUUACAGUUGCUGGAAUAAUCAUAAUUUAUUUGCAAAGGUAAUUUCUCCAGAUAUAAAUUAUUGAAAUGAUCAUAAUGUGUAUAGCUUCAAUGUUUCUGCAGUACACUUAGGAUAGAAUUUAUUAAUGUUAUGCAUUGCUAACUGAAUGGUCUUUAUGGUACAUAACAGGCAAUGAAAUUUAGCUUUUUAUGUGUAGCUUAUACAUGUGUAUUGAAUUUUGAAUGACCUGAAAUUUUCUCAAGUCAUUGGUAAUAAGUUGACUUAGACCAGCAAUUUUCAACCUUUUUAAUCUUACGGCACAUGUAAACUUUUUCGUAAAAUUGUGCGACACACUAAAAAUACAUAUUUGCUGAUCUGACAAAAAAUGGUGUAAUUUUGAUUCAUUUACACUGGAUGGCUAUUGUGUUGGCUGUUAUCAUUUUUUUAUUUGACAAUGUGAGGGAAAAGAGGUCAGUUCCCCUGACUAAAUAGUCAAGUACUGCAUGUUUUAAAAAAUCUUGUGGCACACAGGUUGGAAUCAUUGAUCUAGAUGAAUAGAAAAGUAUUCCAAAGACAAAAAAGUUCUUUCUCGUAUUUUCUUACAUGAUCCUUAGAAGAAACUUGCAAGGUAGUCAGGGCAGGUAGUGUGUGAUUGCCAUUUUUAACAUGAAAAAAGGAGAUUCAUAGUAAAUGUUACCAUGAUUACAGAGCUAAAAAAUAGCAGAGCAGGUUCAGAAAUGCUGUCUUCUAACUCUCCACCUAUAGCUAUUU